GCGGCGGGGCAGGGGAAGGCGCCGAUGCCGGUCCGGGGGCACCGCUAAGGCGGCGGGCCCGCGACCUCGGGAGGCAGGUUCGGACGCCCCCGCCGCGCCCAGUGCUCACCGGGCCGGGACGCCGCGGGCCAGCGGGGGGGCGGCCUCCGGCGAGAUGAAGGAUCUGGGGGCGGAGUACUUGGCAGGUCGCGAAGGGGUCCAGCUCUUCGGAUUGUUGAACCUCUACCUAGAGCAGGAACAGAGAUUCCAACCUCGAGAAAAAGGGCUGAGCUUGAUCGAGGCUACCCCGGAGGAUGAUAACACUUUGUGUCCAAGAUUGAGAAAUGCUAAAGUAGAAGAUUUAAGGAGUUUAACCAACUUUUUUGGGUCUUGCACUGAGACUUUUGUCUUGGCUGUCAAUAUUCUGGACAGAUUCUUGGCUCUUAUGAAGGUGAAACCUAAACAUUUGUCUUGCAUUGGAGUCUGUUGUUUUUUGCUGGCUGCUAGAAUAGUUGAAGAAGAAUGCAAUAUUCCAUCCACUCAUGAUGUAAUCCGGAUUAGUCAAUGUAAAUGUACUGCUUCUGACAUAAAACGGAUGGAAAAAAUAAUUUCAGAAAAAUUGCACUAUGAAUUGGAAGCAACUACUGCCUUAAACUUUUUGCACUUAUACCAUACUAUUGUACUUUGUCAUACAUCAGAAAGGAAAGAAAUACUAAGUCUAGAUAAACUAGAAGCUCAACUGAAAGCUUGCAACUGCCGACUUACCUUUUCAAAAGCAAAACCAUCCGUGUUAGCUUUGUGCCUUCUCAAUUUGGAAGUAGAAACCUUGAAAUCCAUUGAAUUACUGGAAAUUCUUCUGCUUGUUAAAAAACAUUCCAAGGUUAAUGACACCGAGUUCAUUUAUUGGAGGGAGUUAGUUUCUAAAUGCCUAGCCGAAUAUUCUUCUCCUGAAUGUUGCAAACCAGAUCAUAAGAAAUUGGUUUGGAUUGUUUCAAGGCGCACAGCCCAGAGCCUCCACAACAGCUACUAUAGUGUUCCUGAGCUGCCAACGAUACCAGAGGGGGGUUGUUUUGAUGAAAGUGAAAGUGAGGACUCUUGUGAAGAUAUGAGUUGUGAAGAGAGUCUCAGCAGCUCUCCUUCCAGUGAUCAAGAGUGCACUUUUUUUUUCAACUUCAAAGUGGCACAGACACUGUGCUUUCCAUCUUAGAAAUCUAAUUGUUCUGUCAGAAUUUAAAGUGUAUGUACAGGUUUCAAAGCAAUAAAUGGGGGAGUAGGUAGUUUUCUGGUCCAUCCCCCAUCUAGGCAGAAAUUGCAUAGACUGGAACACCUACCUUCUAUUUAUUAUUCAGAUCAGAUCUGGCCUAUUUUCAUAUUUAAUCCUAAGCCAUCAAAUGGGUUAGUGCCUCUUAAACAAGUAACAAUGUUUUACACAUUGGCACUUUAUUUUUCUCAUUGAUCUUUAGCUACUUGGGGAAGAGGGAAGGUGCUGAUACCUUCAAUUUGUUACUUUUCAAAGAGAUUUUUAAAGAUGAAUAGUGUAGCUUAAACUUUUUAUAAAGCUUUCACGUGUCUUUAUUUAAACAGAUUGGGAGUGUACAAGUGCUUCCUCAACAGGGACAGUGGAUAACCUUUUAAUGGUUUAUCAUAUAUCUCCCCUACUCUCCAGUCACAGAACAGAGAAUAUACUCCAAUGUCAAACCCCUUUUUUGUUGUUUUGUUGUUUUUUAAAUGAUCAUGUACUCUCUGAUGCAGACUCUAUAAACUUAGGAAUUAUAAUAUUGACAUUUCUGUGAAUUUUAGUAUAUAAUGUGUUAAUUGAAGUUUCUGCUAAAGCAGAAAUACUUGACAGGUUAUGGUUGUUAGAUAGUUGCAUUUCUAAUGCCUAAGUAUUGUCAGACUAUAGUAUUAUGUUACUAAUACAAUCCAUAAUCCGUUAGUUAUGCAUGCACCUGUAUGAAAGCAGUGCAGGAAGUUGAAAAGAACUAGGUAACUGUGGAAGUGAUAAAUGAUGAUCCUAGUAGCACAUUUUUUUUCAUUUUCUUAUAUUAAAAAAGUCUGCAUGAUUAUGUUUAUUUUCUUUGUAAUUCACAUUUUUAAAAUAAUGAUAUUAGUAUAUGGGUGCCAAGACUGAACAUGAAGUAAAAAAAAAAAAAAAGUUAAGUGUUUGUAGUAUUCUAGUUUUAAGCAUAUGUGUGCUGGUACAGCCAUAAGAAUAGGGAUUUACAAACUCUGUGCACAUGAGAUUUUGUACAGAGAAUCUUUUUAAUUUUAUAUAUUGUAUAUGAAAAUGUAAAUCUUAAAAAAUGUACAUAAAAAUACUGUAUUUUUUUACCGUGUGUGUGGUAGUCUAGUCAUUGCAUGUAAAUAUAAUUUAUUGUGUAUUCUGUACUAUAAAUGAUACAUUGGUGACUUACUUUUUUAAUGUAAGUCAACAUCCAUUGGAUGUUUUCUGAAGUGGAUCUUUUUGAAGUAAUCAUAGAUUACAACUCAAAAUAAAAAUUAAUAAGUUAUA